AUGACAAACUUCGAUCCUUCUAAGGACACAGAAUUAUGGGUAGGCGCCAGUCCUGUCGGUGUUUCUGGAAUACUAAUUCAGGACACUGUUAAAAACAACACGUGGGGCAAACACAAUUGCUCGCAGACAGACAGUUAUCGCAGUUAUGUAAACGUUCGCGAAGAACUGACCGUGGUGUCACUCUCAGAUGGACACAUUUUAUUGCGUGGCACCCGAUUGCGUUUCCCAGAAUCAUUGCAGGAUAAGGCCAUUAACCUGGCACACGAGAGUCACCAAGGUCGAGUCCGCACACGAGAGUCACCAAGGUCGAGUCUGCACACGAGAGUCACCAAGGUCGAGUCCGCACACGAGAGUCACCAAUGUCGAGUCCGCACACGAGAGUCACCAAGGUCGAGUCCGCACACGAGAGUCACCAAGGUCGAGUCCGCACACGAGAGUCACCAAGGUCGAGUCCGCACACGAGAGUCACCAAGGUCGAGUCCGCACACGAGAGUCACCAAGGUCGAGUCCGCACACGAGAGUCACCAAGGUCGAGUCCGCACACGAGAGUCACCAAGGUCGAGUCCGCACACGAGAGUCACCAAGGUCGAGUCCGCACACGAGUCACCAAGGUCGAGUCCGCACACGAGAGUCACCAAGGUCGAGUCCGCACACGAGAGUCACCAAGGUCGAGUCCGCACACGAGAGUCACCAAGGUCGAGUCCGUUGUAA